UUGGACUGGGUGGUCGCGGUACAAUGAUUCAGUAGGAAGUGUAUUAUUAUGCGUCUGUCGUAUUUUGUAGUUCUUUUGAACGCAAUGCUGUCUUAGAGAUAUGUCUGCUUAAUCUGAUAGAAGUGGAGAUGGCGAGCUUCUCAGCUCUAGGGCUUUCGGAGUGGCUUUUGGAGCAGUGUAGGCAGAUGGGGAUAAACAAGCCAACCCCAGUUCAGCAGAACUGUAUCCCAGCUAUUUUGGAAGGGCGCGACUGCAUGGGUUGUGCUAAAACCGGUAGUGGCAAGACAGCUGCAUUUGUGCUUCCUAUACUUCAGAAACUUGCCGAGGAGCCGUAUGGAAUAUUCUGUCUUGUGCUCACUCCAACAAGGGAACUGGCCUAUCAAAUUGCAGAGCAGUUUCGUGUCAUUGGAAAGCCCCUGGGAUUAAAGGACUGCAUUGUUGUUGGAGGAAUGGAUAUGGUUGAACAAGCAUUAGAACUUUCCAGGAAACCCCAUGUAGUAAUAGCAACUCCAGGACGACUGGCUGAUCACAUUAAAAGUUCAAGUACCUUCAGUCUCAAGAAAAUUAAAUUUUUGGUUUUGGAUGAGGCUGAUCGACUUUUGGAACAAGGCUGUACAGAUUUUACUAAAGAUCUUGAAGUAAUUCUUGGGGCAAUCCCUGCUAAAAGGCAGACACUGCUGUUCAGUGCAACUCUCACAGACACUCUGCAAGACCUGAAGACAGUAGCAAUGAACAAGCCUUUCUUCUGGGAAUCCCAGUCAGAAGUACGGACAGUGGCUGAACUGGAUCAGCGUUAUAUUUUGGUGCCAGAGAAAGUGAAGGAUGCAUACCUUGUACAUUUAAUCCAGACAUUUCAAGACCAGCACAGUGACUGGUCAGUCAUCAUCUUCACCAACACCUGCAAAUAUUGCCAAGUUCUGAACAUGAUGCUGCGGGAAUUUAAUUUUCCAUCAGUUGCUCUUCACUCAAUGAUGAAACAGAAACAGCGGUUUGCAGCAUUGGCCAAAUUUAAGUCUAGCAUUUUUAAGAUACUUAUUGCUACUGACGUGGCUGCAAGAGGAUUAGACAUUCCAACAGUCCAAGUUGUCAUAAAUCACAACACUCCAGGUCUCCCAAAGAUUUAUAUCCAUCGUGUUGGAAGAACAGCACGAGCAGGGCGCAAUGGGAUUGCGAUAACCCUUGUAACACAAUAUGAUAUUCAUCUUGUCCAUGCCAUUGAGGAACAAAUCAAUGCGAAGCUCAAAGAAUAUGAAGUAGAAGAGAAUAAGGUGCUGAAAAUCCUCACACAAGUCAAUGUUACAAGACGGGAGUGUGAAAUUAAACUUGAAUCAACAGACUUUGAUGAGAAAAAGGAAAUUAACAAAAGAAAACAGAUGAUUUUGGAAGGAAAGGAUCCAGAUCUAGAAGAAAAGAGAAAGGCUGAGUUGGAAAAAAUAAAGAAGAAAAAUAGAAAAUUUAAAAGCAUGAUCCAGGAAACACUGCAACAGAAAAGAAAAAUGCAGAUGAAAAAAAAAGCUACAGAAGAAAGAUAAAAUUGUAUAGUAAUCAGAAAGUAAGAACAUGAAGCAUUUUUUCACAGUACUGUGUAAAAUAGACACAAGAGCACAUAACAGCUUAUAAAAACUCCAUUUGACAGAAUGAAUUUGAGAACUUAAAAAGAAAAUAAAUUGCUCUCAACCAGAUCUAUUUUUGUCAAAUUCUGCAAGAAUUGUAGUACAAAAAUAAAGGUCCAUCUUAGAAGAUUUGCAAUGUUUACCUAUUUUUUUGUAAAUUUUAUAAUUGAAGUUUGAUAAAAAGAAUGACCCUAACCUUUUUACAAUAAAAAAAAUCAUGUAUUGCAA